UUUUUUGUUUUUUUGCAGUGUGUAAUAAAUGCUUCAUAUUGACAGGGUCUAGAAGUCAUUGAGGCACACUAUCUUUUUGGGGCUGAAUAUGAUGAUGUUGAGAUUGUUAUUCAUCCUCAAUCUAUCAUACAUUCAAUGAUUGAAACACAGGAUUCAUCUGUCCUGGCACAAUUGGGGUGGCCUGAUAUGCGUUUGCCAAUCCUCUACACAUUAUCUUGGCCUGACAGGAUUUACUGCUCUGAGAUUACUUGGCCCCGCCUUGAUCUUUGCAAGCUUGGAUCACUAACCUUUAAAGCUCCUGACAAUGUGAAAUACCCAUCCAUGGAUCUGGCCUAUGCUGCUGGUCGGGCAGGAGGCACCAUGACAGGUGUUCUUAGUGCAGCAAAUGAGAAAGCUGUAGAGAUGUUCAUUGAUGAAAAGAUAAACUACCUUGACAUUUUUAAGAUUGUGGAGCUUACAUGUGAUAAGCAUCAAGCAGAGUUGGUGACUGCACCUUCCCUAGAGGAAAUCAUACAUUAUGACUUGUGGGCGAGGAAAUAUGCUGCCGACAUUCAACUUCCAUCCGGGUUGAGCCCUGUUCCUGUAUGAGUAAGCUUCGUCUUGUCAAUUGGCCUCGGUGAUGAUGAUGUUAGAUUGAUCCAAUUUCUCCAUUGCAAUGGUGUUUGGUGCAUAUGAAGCAAUUGUAUCAUAUUUUCAAAAUGAAAAAAAAAAAAAUGUUGUUCUUCAUUAUAGGUGAUGAAUGCAUGUUCCUAUCUUAUUUAGUGAGUCA